UGUGAGGCAUCUAGGAUGUCUCGGCAAACGUGGUACGUAAGUUCCUCGCUCCAAUAGAGCUCACAUUUGGAUGUCUUCUAAUUCUGAACCUGAAUGCAAGAGCACAAUACAGUCAAUGAAGCAGUGAGCCCAGGAAGCCAUGGAUCUUCACAAGCCCCAGGAAAACUCAACAUUUAAAACUUUCUAUUUAAAACACAAGGGCACAGCAGGCUCUUGGUCGGUAUGGGAAGGUCAUGGACUACAAUUCCCACAAGCCCUUGUGACCUCUCCGUUCUGCGCAGCUUCGCGGUAUGAGAAAGAGGGUCCUGUCAGGCGCACUCUUGUUGCAUCAUCAGCGUGCGCCUCCACCAUGAAACAGGUUUGGACUACAAAAGUAUGGCCGCUUCUGAGGCGGCGGUUAUGUCUUCGUCGUCUUUGAAAACAGACACAUGCCCUGUCCUUGAAACUGCAGGAACGGUCGCAGCAAUGGCUGCGAACCCGCCAGCAAGGGCUGCAGCCGCGGUGGUUGCGGCCGCGGCCAGGACCGGAUCCGAAGCCAGGGUCUCUAAGGCCGCUUUGGCUACCAAGCUGCUGUCCCUGAGCGGCGUGUUCGCCGUGCACAAGCCCAAAGGGCCCACUUCAGCCGAGCUGCUGAAUCGGUUGAAGGAGAAGCUGCUGGCAGAAGCUGGAAUGCCUUCUCCAGAAUGGACCAAGAGGAAAAAGCAGACUUUGAAAAUUGGGCAUGGAGGGACUCUAGACAGCGCAGCCCGAGGAGUUCUGGUUGUUGGAAUUGGAAGUGGAACAAAAAUGUUGACCAGUAUGUUGUCAGGGUCCAAGAGAUAUAUUGCCAUUGGAGAACUGGGGAAAGCUACUGAUACACUAGAUUCUACGGGGAAGGUAACAGAAGAAAAGCCUUACGAUAAAAUAACACAAGAAGAUAUUGAAGGCAUUCUACAGAAAUUUACUGGGAAUAUAAUGCAAGUUCCCCCCCUCUAUUCUGCAUUAAAGAAAGAUGGACAGAGACUUUCGACUUUGAUGAAGAGAGGUGAAGUUGUAGAAGCAAAACCUGCCAGGCCAGUGACUGUGUACAGUAUCUCCCUUCAAAAAUUCCAGCCACCAUUUUUCACCUUAGAUGUUGAAUGUGGAGGAGGUUUUUAUAUCAGAAGCUUGGUCAGUGACAUUGGAAAAGAACUGUCUUCCUGUGCCAAUGUGCUAGAGCUGACCCGAACCAAACAGGGACCAUUUACGCUAGAAGAACAUGCCCUUCCUGAAGACAAAUGGACAAUUGAUGACAUUGCACAGUCUCUUGAGCAUUGCUCAUCUCUUUUCCCAGCAGAGCUGGCACUUAAAAAAUCAAAACCUGAGAAGUCUAAUGAACAGGUUUUGAGCUGUGAAUAUAUAACUCUAAAUGAGCCAAAGGGAGAAGAUGAUGUAAUUAAGACGUGUUGAGAUUGACCUGGGAAUAUCAUCAUUUUCUAGUUGACAUUUGAAUCCUGUGUGCAGAUGCAGAAUGACAAGCUACAUUCAAAAGACAAACAAUAUUUCUAACUUUUCUUUUUUUUGCAUGAAGAAAAACGUCCAUCAUUUAUAGUUUCAAUAGCAUAUAAUUUAUUUGCUAUGCAUUAUAAAUGGCCUUGCAGUUGCUCAGUUGUUUGCUGUGUUGUGGAGUGUUCUUUUAGGAUUUUUUGUAUUGUGAAAAUAUGAAUAUGAUUAGAUUCAGAAAAAUUAACUUUCUGAAUUUGAUCUGUCUUGUGUCUUGUGAAAAAGUUGAACAAGUUUCUAAUCAAAGAAAAAAUGUGUGAGCUCCAUGUUUCUUUAGUUUCACAAAAAUGAACAUAAUUUAGUGUUAUUUUUACUUUAUUUAGGCUUCCUGGUGGCUUCAUUUUAUUGAAAUUCUUUAAGUUGUUUAAAGUGGCCAUUAUUGAUCUCUUUCUUGUGUUUUGGAGAGUUUAUUAUUAAAAACAUUUCUUUGAUAAAAUGGCCAUCAUCUAGUAAUACCUGUGUUAGUUUAGAUCUUGGAAAUGAAUAAACUUUGAUAAUAUUUAUAAAUGAACCAAAUUAUUACUGCUACUACUAACAGGAUGUAAGUAGAAGACUAAUAACUGAAGUCACCUUCCUACCGUUAGAGCAGAAGACAGCUCCUAUAGUUUUGUAUUUUGGCAGCUAUGAGAUAUGUUCAUGGUAAUUUCAACGUGGUUAAGCACUUUGUACCAAGUUAUUAAGUAACAUCAUUUUUAAAAUGUAAAGAAUGUGUCUUCAACUAAAAACUUUAUUCUUUAGUAUUUAUUUAAAUCUCUCUAUAGGGCGUUAUCCCGAUGACAUUGUUUCUUUUGUUUGCUCUUUCCAGAGAUAUUUAUAGAUGCUGAGAUGGCUGCCUUGCAUUUCCAGCUAAGCUCUUCUGCUCUAAAUAUUUAAAAACAGUUCUUCUCAAACAUUUUCAUUCAGAUAGCUUUCUGAAAGUUCCCUAUCCCUCUUUACCAUAAUUUUUUAAAUGCAGCCAUAUUAUAAUAGUAAACUUCAUAUAUAAUGAGUGCUUCAUAUUUUUGUUGUGGGAAAGCAAUAUAUUAUGCAGCCAGUCUGUGGAAACAUUAAAUCCCUCUUCCUUUACUCAAAUACGGUUUCAAAAGGAAGACUCAUGAGAAAUUUCAUAAAAUACAAGUUUUUAGAUGUUUAUGCUUUGUCUUUCUUUUUAAAGGUGUUUUUCUACUUUGUCAUCUCUAACUCUGAAAUUUAAAAUAUGUAAACUAAAGUAGUUUUAUUUGUGCUUAACCCAAUUUAAACUCAAUGUAAAAUAUUAUAUAUGCAUCAGUACAGCAUUUUCAGCAUAUUGGCAACAUAUUUUAAAUGAAAACAUUAAAACAAUUCUUAGUAUAAGACAAAAUUGUAAGGAAAAAGAAUGUUAAUACCAUGAUGCAUUAACAUAACAUACCAAACACACAAUGUCAUAAAAUGAAAAUGUGCAGUUUUAAAACUGUUCAUAUCCGGUGCCCCACAGUGUGUGUCAACCAAAGGUGGCAGUGGCUGCGCCUGCCUGUUGGAAUGGUACAGGUUACAGUAUGUCCUCUUCCAUUGCAAGUUAAAGUCCAAAUAGAAAAAUACUUAGGUUUUAGAACACAUCGGAGGUAUUUCUGCUGUAUUUUUCAACUUAAAAAUUGACACAUAGAGUUUACUAAUAGAGGGAGUAGAGAUUGUUGACAAUUUUUUAAAAAUGAUAGUCACCCUUUUUCUUUUAUAUUUAAAACUGAAGGAAAUUUUGCCAAAUGGGAAAAUUACUGUUAUCUCUACCAUCUUAAUGUAGUAACUUUAGAAUUUAAAUUUUUAUAUUACUGUUUUCCUUUUUGUUGUUCACAUAGUCUUAAGGCACCUACACUUUUAAAUUGACUUUUUCAUUUGAUAUUAUCUAUAUGUAUUUAGUUGUGAUAAUGAUUAUUUUAAUUAUAUUACUUCAUACUCUUAUUUAUCUAUUGCUGAAUACUUAAGUAGUUUUAAAUUUGAUUAUGAUAAAUUCCUGGGAGGGGGAUUAUUUAGUGAAAUAAUAUGAAGAACUUUAUGACUUAUGUUUGCCUUAUUGCAUUCCCAAAGAGUUGUAACAUUUUACAGUGUUACCAUUUGAGUAGGGGUUUUAUAUGUUGUUUCUAAUUUAGUAAAUAUAGGAGAGAAAUCAAAGUUUUUCUGAUUUGCUUUUAUGUGAUUUAUAUGUAUACUUUGUUCAUUUAUAUAAAUAAAUAUCUUAAUGAUUUCUGUACAUA